AUGGUGGUGACUAUCAGGCCAGAUCAGCAUGACGCCCUUUUGCGCGUCGCUACAUAUCAUUGCCGAGACUUUGAUCUUAGCGUCAUCUGUUCAGAUCCAUAUAAGCUUUAUGAUGUUCGACCCUUCAUCUCUGAGACGUUUCUAAACCCCCCAAGUGCACCUCUCGGGGUGUUGGGACACCUUCCAAAUGAAGUCCUCGUGGAGAUGUGCUCCCAUCUAGAUGUCCGAUCCACCUUUAAACUCCGCCAAGUCAACCGGCUGGCCCGUGAAAUUGUAUCAGCAUCGCCGGCAUAUCGAGAUCUUGCGAAACACUGCUUGGAAAGCUUGCGUGGAGCCCUACGAACGGGGAUUUCUAGCGGGCUGCCGAUGACUGAACUCCAUCGCUUGCUCUACAAGCCUGAGUGCUCUCGGUGUGGCAACUUUGGGCCACUCCUGUUCCUACCACUGAUCGAGAGGUGCUGUUAUAAAUGUCUACUGCUGGACGGGGAGUAUCGUCUUAUAUCGCUCGAUGCAUUAUCUGAAGCGACCAAGGUUUCCCCAAGCCGACUGCGCGAACUAUUGCCAGUCCUCCGUACCCUUACGGGCAAUUAUUUCCUGUUGUGUGGUGAACAGCCAGAAAGGCUUGACUUGGUUUCUUACAGAGCUAUCCUGCAAUGUUCAACGCCUCUUGAUAUUCAGCAUCUCCCAAACUUCGUCCCAAACCCCGAGGAUGAAGAUAUCAUCCUUCGCUGUACGGCGGCAACACCCUUCCCGUACUUGGACAAGGCAGGCUCCAAUAUCGACCACGGUGUGAGCUGCCUAGGUUGUGAGAUGGUAGCACUGGAUCGCAGCCGUGCGGCACCCAACAAGAAGGAGGCUACCAAGCUCGGGGAGAUGGCAUUUUCAAGAGAGGGAUACUUGGUUCAUUUUCAGUCGUGCAAAGAAGCCCAGAAACUCUGGCAGGAAAGCCACGAGGGAACUGCUAAGGCUGUAGAGCCUCCCCGUCCUUUUGAGUACAUCCGCCCACUCUACUCGCCCAAGCACUAUAAAUAA